AUGGCACAGACUAUAUGGGCAGGGCACAUGGCUGAGCCUAGUGAUAGUAUCGCUCUCUCUAAUCUCCUUCUCUGCCACGAAUCGGAGUCUUCUUUAAACUUAGACGAAGAGAGGAUUGAGAGAUCUGAGCAAGUACCUCACUUUCCUCCUCCUACUACGAUCGAUGAUGAUGAUGAUGAUUAUGUGGCGGAGCUUGUUCGUAAAGAGAAUCGGCGAUUCGAAACCGAAGAACCCACUAAAACGUCGUCGUCUUCUGUCGAUAGAUUGAUUGCAAUCGAUUGGAUUCUCACUACAAGAACAAGAUUUGGAUUCCAACAUCAAACAGCUUACAUUGCGAUUUCAUACUUGGAUCUGUUUCUCCAUAAAAGAUUCAUCGGUUUGCAGAAAGAUGAAUCAUGGGCGAUUCGAUUGUUAUCAGUAGCUUGUUUAUCAUUAGCUGCUAAGAUGGAGGAACGUACUGUUCCUGGUUUAUCACAAUACCCACAAGAUCAUGACUUCGUUUUCAAACCCGAUGUGAUUCGUAAAACUGAAUUGUUGAUCUUAUCUACAUUGGAUUGGAAGUUGAACUUGAUCACUCCUUUUCAUUACUUUAACUACUUCCUUUCUACAAUCUCUCCCUUGGACAAGAACAACAACCAAUCUGUUUCUAAAGACUUGGUCUUGUUAAGAUCCUCUGAAUCUCUUCUUGCUCUAACUAAAGAGGUAAGCUUUACGGAGUAUCGACAGUUCGCUGUUGCUGCUGCUACUACAAUGUUAGCUUCUUCUACUUCAUCGGAUAUUAUUAGAUUGACGAGAGAAGAAAUGGCUAACAAGUUUGGAUCCAUCUCUUGGUGGACGUCUAAUGACAAUGAAAAUGUAUAUUUGUGUUAUCAGAGAAUGCUAGAGAUUGAGGACAGGAAACAUAUGACACCACCGCCUGAAACCUCGGUUCUCCGGGAUAUACAACCGCCUUCAUCAGGAAGUGGUGCUAAACGCCGGUUGUCUUUUGAUGAUUCUGAUCAAACUUCUGCGGCCAAGAGAAUGCGUAGGCUCUGAAGAGAGUUCUUCUUGGGAGUUUUUUUGCCUUAUAUUGAUUUGGUUUCUUACUUUCUUUUUUGGCAACAUAUUGAUUUGGUUUUUAUAUUCAAUCAUUUGAUUAUAGAGGAAAAAAAAAUGGUAUGAAGAUACAAUGGUUAUUUCAAUUUUUGUGAAGUAACUCAUCAUCAUAUAGGUUCUCGUUCAUA